CCAAGUCUCCGACCAGGAAGAAUGUGAGUAUGCUUCACCGUCCUGCCUCAGAUCAAGCGGGAUGUGCUUCCAGGAUGUCUUGCUAUGCUCUGUCGAGAAAAUGCGGCCAGUAUAGGCCGACUUUUGGGCUGGAUGCACUCGGUCACAUCUGGAUGCACUCCUGCGCUUGACCCGCGACCUUUCCAAUUCUCCGGCACUUGCUGACUCUCUCUCUGUAGAACGCACAAUGGGUCGGGUCAUUAGGGCACAGAGGCGGUCUCACGCUAUCUUCAAGGCGCACACCCACCACAACAAGUCGCCUGCGCAGUUCCGUCCGCUCGAUUUCGCAGAGCGCAAUGGCUACGUCAAGGGUAUUGUGAAGGAGAUCAUCCACGAUGCUGGUCGUGGUGCUCCCCUUGCCCGCGUCGUUUUCCGUGAUCCCUACCGUUACAAGCUCCGCAAGGAGACCUUUGUCGCGACCGAGGGCCUCCACACUGGUGCUUUCGUCUACUGCGGCAAGAAGGCGCAGCUUGCCGUCGGCAACGUACUCCCGGUCUCGCAGUGCCCUGAGGGUACGAUCGUGAGCAACGUCGAGGAGAAGACCGGCGACCGCGGUGCGCUCGCCCGGACCUCCGGCAACUACGCGACCGUCAUCGGCCACUCACCCGAUGAGAACAAGACCCGCAUCCGCCUGCCCAGUGGUUCAAAGAAGACUGUUUCGGGCAGCUGCAGAGCGACGAUUGGUAUCGUUGCGGGUGGUGGUCGUAUUGACAAGCCCCUGCUCAAGGCUGGUCGUGCGUUCCACAAGUACAAGGCCAAGCGCUACAACUGGCCCCGCACUCGUGGUGUGGCUAUGAACCCCGUCGACCAUCCUCACGGUGGUGGUAACCACCAACAUAUCGGUAAGGCGUCGACGAUUGCACGUUCUGCCGUCCCCGGUCAGAAAGUCGGUCUCAUUGCCGCCCGCCGGACCGGUCUGCUCCGUGGUACGGUCAAGGUCAAGGAGGCCUAAGAGUUUGUCGUCGGAGUCUGUCUGCCUUGCUGUCUAUAUGCCACGAUACUUUUCCACGCACCAAAAGCUAUGUAUGCAGCGAUCGCAUAUGCAUCAUGACUUAUGCUUUGUA